AUGGACUGAAGAGUAGACACUGCCUACCAUUGCGUAACGUGAAGCAUAUUGACAGCUCUGUAGAUUAGAUAGGGAGACGCAGCGUGAUCCAUUUGUUUCCUUGAUAUGGUUGUAAUAUACAGCAGGUAACUGUGGAGAACUGGAGAUCACUGCGGCCUCGAUGUGAAAGCUCUGGGAUCGUGCACAUUCCUUAUUAUACAUUGACAACUAUCAGCCUUUUAAGGCGCACGGAGUCAAUGUCUUCCCGACGGUUCUCGGGGGUCUCCGGCUUGGGUGGUGGCGCCGUAUCCCCUGUAAUGGAAACAUCCGGGGCUGGAGAACCGAGCAGGGAGCUGUUCGAGGCCUGCAGGAACGGAGACGUAGAGCGGGUGAAGAAGCUCGUUAACGCAGAGAAUGUAAACAGCAGGGACACAGCAGGCAGAAAAUCGACUCCGCUGCAUUUUGCUGCUGGGUUUGGUCGCAGGGAUGUUGUGGAGUAUCUGCUUCAGCAUGGUGCUAACGUACAUGCCCGUGAUGACGGGGGUCUCAUCUCCCUUCAUAAUGCCUGUUCCUUCGGUCAUGCCGAAGUCGUCAGCCUGCUCCUGCACCAUGGGGCAGAUGCCAAUUCCAGAGACAACUGGAACUACACCCCACUUCAUGAAGCUGCCAUCAAGGGCAAGAUUGAUGUCUGCAUCGUGCUGCUGCAGCAUGGUGCUGAGCCAACUAUCCGUAACACAGACGGAAGGACGCCACUGGACCUCGCUGAGCCCUCCACCAAGGCUGUGCUGACUGGAGAAUAUCGGAAGGAUGACCUUCUUGAAAGCGCAAGGAGUGGCAAUGAAGAAAAGCUGAUGACCCUUCUCACUCCGCUAAAUGUCAAUUGCCAUGCAAGUGAUGGACGAAAGUCAACUCCUCUUCAUCUGGCUGCAGGCUAUAAUCGGGUGAAGACAGUACAGCUGUUGUUACAACAUGGAGCUGACGUACAUGCAAAAGACAAAGGGGACCUAGUACCACUUCAUAACGCCUGUUCGUAUGGCCAUUAUGAAGUUACUGAGUUGCUUGUAAAGCACGGUGCCUGUGUUAAUGCCAUGGAUCUGUGGCAGUUUACCCCUCUGCACGAAGCAGCCUCUAAAAACCGAGUGGAGGUGUGUUCCCUUCUGCUCAGCUAUGGUGCUGAUCCAACUUUCCUGAACUGUCACAACAAGAGUGCUAUUGACCUGGCCCCUACCGCCAUGCUCAAAGAGCGCCUGGCAUAUGAGUUCAGAGGCCACGCUUUGCUGCAGGCAGCACGAGAAGCUGACCUGGCCCGCGUCAAGAAAUAUCUGUCCCAGGACACCAUCAACUUCAAACAUCCUCAGACUCACGAAACCGCUCUGCACUGCGCUUCCACCUCACCCUAUCCCAAGAGGAAACAAGUCUGUGAGCUCUUGCUCAGGAAAGGAGCCAGUGUGAAUGAAAAGACUAAAGAUUUCUUGACUCCCCUACACCUGACUGCUGAGAAAUCUCAUAAUGAUGUCUUAGAGGUGCUAAUAAAGCAUGAAGCUAAGGUCAAUGCAGUUGAUAGCCUAGGCCAGACGGCGCUACAUCGUGCGGCCCACUGCGGCCACCUGCAGACCUGCCGCCUGCUCCUGAACGCGGGCUGUGAUCCUCUCAUCACGUCCCUGCAGGGCUUCUCUCCAUCCCAACUGGGAAACGAGAGCGUGCAAGAGAUACUGCAGGAGGGAGUUUUUAUAGGCAACUCAGACACAGACAGGCAGUUACUGGAAGCCUCCAAAUCCGGAGACUUGGAUCUUGUAAAGAAGCUCUGCACACUCCAGAAUGUGAACUGCAGGGAUGUGGAGGGGCGGCAGUCAACUCCUCUGCAUUUUGCAGCUGGGUAUAACCGUGUGGCAGUGGUGGAAUACCUGCUACAGCACGGUGCAGACGUUCAUGCAAAAGACAAGGGUGGCCUGGUUCCCUUGCACAAUGCCUGCUCUUAUGGGCACUAUGAGGUUGCUGAGCUGUUGGUCAUUCACGGUGCGGUGGUCAAUGUGGCUGACCUGUGGAAGUUCACUCCACUGCAUGAGGCAGCUGCCAAGGGCAAAUACGAGAUCUGCAAACUGCUGCUUCAGCACGGUGCGGAUCCGACCAAGAAAAACCGGGACGGGAACACUCCGCUGGACCUGGUUAAGGACGGAGACACAGACAUCCAGGACCUUCUGAGGGGGGAUGCCGCACUGCUGGAUGCAGCUAAGAAGGGGUGCCUGGCCCGGGUGAAAAAGCUCUGCAGCCCUGAGAAUGUCAACUGUAGAGAUACACAGGGGCGUCACUCCACGCCACUACACCUAGCAGCUGGCUACAAUAACCUGGAGGUGGCCGAAUACUUGCUCCAGCAUGGUGCUGAAGUUAAUUCCCAGGACAAAGGUGGUCUUAUCCCCCUCCACAAUGCUGCCUCUUAUGGACAUGUGGAUGUGGCAGCUUUGCUCAUCAAGUACAACGCAUGCGUCAACGCCACAGAUAAGUGGGCAUUCACCCCUUUGCACGAGGCUGCCCAGAAAGGGAGGACCCAGUUGUGCGCCCUGCUCCUAGCACAUGGGGCUGACCCCACACUACGAAACCAGGAAGGCCAGUCGCCGCUGGACCUUGUCACGGCGGAUGACGUCCGUGCCCUGCUCACGGCCGCCAUGCCUCCCUCUGCCCUGCCUGCCUGCUAUAAGCCGCAGGUUAUUAGUGUAUCAGCCUCUGUGGGCGUUGUGGCCUCCGCCCUGUCGUCCAACUCCACGCCACUGGCCUCCACCUCCAGUCUGGAGCCAACGUCAGCCACAUUCCCAGAGCUGCCUGCCCUGUUGGGAUCUUCUGGAGCCGAGGGGGCGGUGGGUGUGGAGAAGAAGGAAGAAGGUCUUGGAGUGGACCUGAGUAUCAGUCAGUUUCUCCACAACCUGGGACUAGAGCAUCUCCUGGAAAUCUUUGAAAGAGAACAAAUAACUCUGGACGUUCUGGUGGAAAUGGGCCACAAGGAACUGAAGGAGAUUGGCAUCAAUGCCUAUGGCCACCGACACAAAAUCAUCAAAGGAGUGGAGAGGCUUAUUAGUGGACCUCAAAGCUUGAACCCCUACCUGACCUUGAACACUGCCAACAGCGGAACCAUACUAAUAGACUUAGCGUCGGAUGACAAGGAAUUUCAGUCUGUUGAAGAGGAGAUGCAGAGUACCAUUAGAGAGCACAGAGACGGCGGCCAUGCUGGAGGUAUUUUCAACAGAUACAACAUUGUGAAGAUCCAGAAAGUUUGCAACAAGAAAUUGUGGGAGAGAUACAGCCAUCGCAGAAAGGAGGUAUCAGAAGAGAACCACAACCAUUCAAACGAACGGAUGCUAUUCCAUGGGUCGCCAUUUGUGAAUGCCAUCAUCCAUAAGGGUUUUGACGAGAGGCACGCCUACAUAGGCGGCAUGUUCGGAGCGGGGAUUUAUUUCGCCGAGAACUCCUCAAAGAGCAACCAGUACGUGUACGGAAUCGGAGGAGGCACCGGAUGUCCGGUUCACAAAGACAGGUCAUGCUACGUGUGUCAAAGGCAUUUGCUGUUCUGUCGGGUGACUCUGGGGAAAUCCUUCCUGCAGUUCAGCGCCAUGAAAAUGGCUCACUCUCCACCAGGCCAUCACUCCGUCACUGGCAGGCCCAGUGUGAACGGCCUCGCCCUGGCCGAAUAUGUCAUCUACAGAGGAGAGCAGGCUUAUCCUGAAUAUUUGAUAACGUAUCAGAUCAUUAAACCAGAUGGGACGACUGAUUAACAGUUAACCCUGAGGAGGGCAAGCACAACCGAGCCCUGCUGUACAGACUCUGUUCCUCCUGUCUCUAUGUGAAGGAGUGUGACUACUGUAACUGCUGCAUGCUUUCCUUCACUCUGUGGAUAAAAGACUUUCCUUUUUUUUUCUGACGACCUGUUCUUGUCUUCAUUUGUAGCACUUCACUAACCUUUAAAUGGGGCUGUGUACGUGCAUUGUUUUGUUAAAACGUCACCUCAAGCCUCGAGUUUUUCCGUUUGUUCUGUCCUGACACUGUAAAAUGAAAACUUUCAAGACUUUUAUUGUU